GUAUAAGAAUGAUGGCGCGUAGGAUUGGUUUGCCCAUUCAUCUCGAGGGCUAGCAUUCUGAUUUCUCUCAGACUCCCAUCAUCGUCGCCUUCUUCUACCCCAAACGUCAAAUCCUCAAUUUUCAUCAUGUCCUACAACACUGCCCACACUACCACCAACGCCAACUCCCGAUUGAGACUGCUCAACAAGUUGAAGUCGGGCGAGUUUCCGCUCAUGACCUUCAUGGCCAUCUCCUCUGUUCGCAUGGCGCAAAUCGUUUCCCUCACGGGUGUCGACGGUAUCAUCGUCGAUUGCGAGCACGGAAACAUUGGCGACGAUUCGAUGCACAACUCGGUGGCUGCCAUCUCGGCUCUGGGGGUUAGCCCGAUCAUCCGAGUCAGGGGCACUUCAUCUGACAUCCUCAAACGAGCUCUGGAUACCGGCGCACACGGUCUGAUGGUACCCCAGGUCAACACUGCCGAGGAAGCACAACAGGUUGUCACAUACUCCAAGUUCCCUCCUCAAGGCCUUCGAGGUCAAGGUUCAGCUUUCCCAGCUAUCGCCCAUGGACUUACAACACCCGAGUAUAUGAAGUCCGCCAACGAAACUCUGAUCACGAUGAUCCAGAUCGAGACGGCGGCGGGCGUCGAGAACGUUGAUGCCAUCUGCGCUGUGCCCGGUGUUGAUCUCAUCUUCAUCGGGCCCAACGAUCUCGCACAAUCCCUGCUCGGCUACGUCCCCGCGCGUGGCGACGAACCCGUCUUCAAGUCGGCCAUCGAAAAGAUCGUCGCUGCCGCCAAGAAGCACGGCAAAUGGGUGGGACGGCUCGUCAACAAUGGAUCCCUCGCCAAGGAUGCGAAGAACACGUUCGAUACCGUCGCUAUCACCGGAGAUACGAAAGCUAUUCAGAAUUGGUACAUGAGCGAGUUUGAUAUCGCGAGGUCCUGAUCAGCGCCUGGAAAGAUUCUACUUGUAUCGAGUACAUUGCGAACGAUUUCCAC